AUGGCUAGAAAGAAGUCCGCUACAAAGAGAGCCAAGGAAGCGCUUGAGAAUGAUACCUCUGAAGCUACAACAACAAUCGCAACGAAGGAAUCUCUUCCUGAGAAGAAGAAACAAAUUCAAGAAUCUUACGAUGAAGAAGAAUCAUCCUCAUCUGAAGAAGAAGAUGAAUACGGUAACUUAAUCACUAAUAAUGUCCAAGAAGGUAUAAACAAAAUAUUGAGUACACUUAAAAGUGAUCCAAAGAAGUUAUUGGACCCUGAAGUAAAAUUCUUUGAAGACCCGGACAACGAAAAGUCUGGUUCUCAAGCCAGGAAGAGUAAGGAAGCUCCAAUUUAUUUGAAGGAUUAUCAUAGAAUGAACUUAUUAUCAGGUAACUAUAAAGAUGAUGACGAAAAUGAUUUUGAAACUGUAGAUGGCGAAAAGCCAUUUGCAGUAACUCAAAGAGAAGAGAGAAAUCAAUUAAUCUCUGAUAUUAAAAAUCAGUUUGAUAAUGACGAUGAAAAUGAAGAUGAUGAUGAUGAUUUCUUAACUAAAAAAGAACAUGUCAGAUCUAGAAAUUUUGAUGGAGUCGAAACGAAGUUGCCAGAUCCAGAAGUCAAUCAAGAUGGAUUUUUAAGUGCUUUUAUUGAUAAACAAGCUUGGAUUCCUAAAAAGAACGACAAGGUAAUCGAUUUGGAUAAAAUUGAUAAUGAAGAUGACGAACAGUUUGAUCAGGCCGUGGAAGACUUUGAACGUGCCUAUAACUUUAGAUAUGAGGAUCCAAAUUCCGCAGAAAUUGUUUCGUAUGCUCGUAAUCAAGCCACUUUAAGAAGAUCAGCAACCAAUUCUCGUAAGAGACAAAGAGAUAAGAAGAACGACGAAAGAGAGAAAGAAGAAGAAAAGAAACAAGAAUUAUUGAAGAAGAAGAAAACAGCGAAAUUGAAUAAAGUUAUGGACAGACUUGAAAAGAUCAAACAAGCUGUUGGGGAUGAAGUAGAUGAUGAGGUCAUCAAAAAGGUAUUUGGUGAAUCCUUAUUAGGUGAUGAUUUUGAUGAUGCGGAUUGGGAUAGCAAGAUGGCAGAGAUUUUCAAUGAACAGUACUACAAUGCUGAAUUAAGUAAGCCUGAAUGGGAUGAGGAUGAUGAAAUCAUGUCAGAUUUCAAUAAUCAGAAACAAAAUGAUGAAGAUGGUAGUGACUAUCAAGAUAAAGAAUCGGUAGAAGAAGAUAAUGUAGAAGAGCCACCUUCAAAGAAAUCCAAAAAGGAGAAGUUGAAGGAUAAGAAGGCAGUUAAAAAAGAAAAAGAAUCGUUAAAAGAAAAGGCACAGGAAAUAGUUGAAGCUAAUAAACUCAAAAUCAUUGAUGAAGUUGAAGAGGAAAGAGGGCGCUCCAAAGACAACGACGAGGUCAAAUUCAAAUACCGUGAAGUUUCUCCUGAGACAUUUGGUUUAACAACAAGAGACAUUUUAUUGGCUGAUGAUAAGCAAUUGAACAAUUUUAUUGGUCUCAAGAAAUUUGCUCCUUACAGGCCUAAAGAACUAAGAUUGAAGGACAAAAGGAAAUAUACUAAAAAGAGGCAUUUGCAAGACUGGAGAAAAGAGGUUUUCCACGAUAGGAGUGGCCCAAAGCUUCCUAAGGACAGUUCUGAGAAUGAAAUUUGGAUUCCAAUGGAUGCAGCUGAAGCUGACAUGCAUCAUAAACAUAAAGUACAUAAGAAAGAUAAGAAAGAUAAGAAAAGUAAGCAUAAGAAAUAA